GUACCCAUUUAAUUUCAUUUCAAAUUGAAAUAUAAACAAUGCACAUCGAAGAUAAAUUGUUUUAAACAGCUCUUUUAAAAAUUAACAAAUCUAGUUUGUUACUUUGUGCAUGAAAUUUAUGUCUAAAAAAAUUGCCCUAGUUAAGAGGCGACCAAAAUAAAACACACGAUAAUUCUUUUAAACUGUUUAAUGGGAUUGAUUCUAUUUAAGAUUAAUUAAUAAUAACACCUAAUUAAUUCAUUAGAUCCAAAAAGUACGUGAUAACUGUAAUAAAAUGCCCCUAAUUAGACUUAAAUGAUUGAUAAGUAAUUGCAUAUAUAAAUAAGAAGACCUCAUUGAAGCCGGCAACAGAAGCCGUCAAAAUGUGUCGGCCAUCUAUUCUACUUAACAGUUUUGCAUUAUGCAUCUGGUCUGUUGCAGUAUAUUGUGUUCAGGAUUGGGAAUAUGUUUUACUGCGUGUUGAAUCAAACACUACAAAUGCUGAUCUUGUCAAAUUUGAUCUACGCCCAAUGCGAGUCAGUCAAGGAGUUUACGCAUGCAAUGGAACCAUUCUUGCUGGCAAAGACUUUGAUAACAGUUAUUCGGUUGAUUUUAAAUUAUACCGAAGUGCAUCGGGAAAUAAUGAUUUCAAAGCGACUCCUUUCGGACUUCCAACAACAACUUUUUACAAAUUCAUGAAUUCGAUUUAUAUUAAAAUGUUGCAAGAAGAUUUGAAAGACUGCACCAAUGUUCCUCAGUAUAAAGGUGAAUUCGAGGGACCUAUGCUUGCAGGCCUUUAUACAUACAACAAGUGUGUAAUAUCAACUGAUGGAAUGCCAGGACACGGUCAACCUGGAGUUUAUAGGGCAACUGGUCACUUUUUUGGCGAUGAUGUUGACGUGUGGAUUUCUGUUUUCUUGGAAGUUUUCACUAAAGCAGUGAUAUAAAAAAAAGAACAAAAGCUUUAAUACAUAAUAUAAAAAUAAUAAAAUUUGCACUUGGGUCCUUUAAAGCUUUAAAAACUGGAUGUGUAUUAUUUUCUUUCUUGUGACAUGAAUUUAUGGAGUUGACUAUAUUAUGGCUAGAUUUGCAUGAUGAAGAGCUCUUUGAAGAUCUCCCUUAAAGUUUCCAAUGGGGUUUAAGCCAGGGGACUGGGCCAUAACUUUAACCCCAUUGAGACGAAACCACUAUUUUGUCUUCGGAGCUUCGGACUAUUGUGUUUCGGGCCAUUUUUUUGCUGGAAGACCCAUUUUAGAGGCAUUUCUUCUUAGUAACAUAGCAUUUUUCAAGAUGUCGACAUGAACAUUUCGGUCCAUAAUCCCAUCGAUUUUGAAUAUUGAGCAUAUACUCUGUAAUACGAAAAAAGUGUUUGGAGGUUUUCGUUGUAUAUUGUAG